CACAAGGAAAUAGUCAACUUCCGGUGGGACCAUAAUAGUUUUACAUUUAAUCGUCUGAGGCGAAUACAAAUCAGAGCAAUCAUGACUUGACUGACAUUUAGUCGUGAUCAGUUCAUCUGAGGUGGGACGUGGAUUCUGCCGCUAAAAAGAUGGAAAAUAUUGAAGAAAAAGGGACGCAGGAAAGCAUGGAGAAGAAAGAAGGACAGGAUGGUAGAGAGAUGCUGAUGAUACGUUUUCCAUGGCGAAGGAACAACAGCUGUCCUGGUAGUCGAGGAGGAGAUGAUGGUACCAAACCUGGAGAGUACAUACUACAGACCCUUUUCCUUGAGUUCUGUAACAUGGCCGAAAAGAAAGUAGAACAAGUGUUAGCUGAACCACUGGAAAAGCCGCUAUCGAAGUCCUUACAGAGAGGGGAAGAUGCUCAAUUUGAUCAACUCCUGAACUCUUUUGGCUGUCUGGCUGAGCAGUGUUUACCUUCCAUUCUGCGUAGUCUUUUCCGUUGGUUUGAACGUCAAAAUUUGAUGGACGAGUGUUCCCAACCAGACACUCGACAGCGACACAGGAGUAAGGGAAGUAAAGACUUCCUCUGUGAGAGAAGAGAUCUGGCUGUGGAGUUUGUGUACUGUCUGGUGUUGAUAGAGGUGUUAGCCAAGUUGGGUUUCCAUCCAGGACACAAUGAUUUAGUGACCUACAUUAUCACACAGGCUUUCCGACACUUCAAGUACAAGGACGGAAUACAGACCAACCCAAAUUCUGGGAACAUCAGUAUCCUGACUGACCUAUACUCGGAGGUCAUUGGUGUGCUUGUCCAGUCAAGGUUCACAGCUGUCAAAAAACAUUUUAUGUCCGAGUUGAGGGAGUUAAAAAUACGUGACCAGACUCCAUAUACCGCACAGAGCAUCAUCAGUCUGCUCACCAGUCUGAAGUACUUCAAGGUCAAGAUGCAUCCCAUAGAGGACUUUGAGGCAUGUGUUAUGUUCCUACAGGACCUGGGACAUUACUUUCUAGAGGUGAAAGAUCGUGACAUCAAGCAUGCAGUCGCCACCUUGUUUGUUGAUAUUCUACUGCCUGUGGCCGCGACGGCAAAAAACGAGGUGAAUGUACCUGUACUGAAGAAUUUGGUGGAUAUGUUAUACACGCCUGCCUUGGACCUGACAAUGAAGAAGAAACACAUGUUUCACUGUUUCCCCCUGGUGACAUGCCUAUUGUGUGUGAGCCAGAAAACAUUUUUCCUCAACAACUGGCCGUACUUCCUUACCACACACUGUCUGUCACAGCUAAAGAACAAGGACCAGAAAUUAUCACGCAUGGCGCUUGACUCACUUCACAGACUUCUAUGGGUGUACAUGGUGAGAAUUAAGUGUGAGAGUAACACAAUUACUCACAGUCGCCUACAGAGCAUCGUCAGCAGCCUGUUCCCUCGGGGCUCCAAGGUGGUCACCCCAAGGGACGUGCCCCUAAACUUCUUUGUCAAAAUAAUCCAGUUCAUUGCAAAAGAGAAGCAGGACUUUGCUAUGAAGGAGAUCAUAUUUGACUUGCUUUGUGUGGGACGGUCAGCCAAGAUUCUUACACCAGAGCGGAUGAGCAUUGGUCUACGUGCAUUCCUGGUGAUUGCAGACAGCCUUCAACAAAAGGAUGGCGAUCCUCCAAUGCCACAGACUCAGGCUACACUGCCCUCCGGAGCCACAGUCAGGGUCAAGAGAACAUUUCUUAAUAAGAAGCUGACUGACCAGAUGGCCAAAACCAUAGGCCUGGCCCAGUAUUACCCACACAUGCUCAAGGCCUUCGACUCCAUGCUGCAUGCACUUGACCUCCAGGUGGGGAGACAACACUUACUAACCAAGUCAGAGAAUGUCAACAAAGAGCCGGAUGACCUAAUGAUAGGAGAGAGAAAGGCAAAGAUAGAACUUUUCCGAACGUGUAUUGCUGCAAUUCCUCGACUUAUCCCAGAUGGAAUGAGCUGUCAGGAAUUAGUGGAACUGCUAACAAGGCUUACAGUUCACCUGGACGAGGAGCUAAAGGGCCAUGCAUUUCAGGCCCUGCAGAACCUGAUGCAGGAGUCGCCACAGUGGAGGGAACAUGUUGUCAAAGGAUUUGUACAGUUUGUGCAGCGUGACAUCAGUGAUACUAACACACAGUUGUUGGACGGUGCCCUGCGACUUCUCAUGCAGCUCUUGGUCCAGUGGAAAACCAACAUUGUCACUGCACAACAAAGGGAAAGGUCAACAGGGGACAGCGCAGCCCCGAUGCAGACACUGCCAGAGGCCACCAACAUCCUGGUCCUGCGGGAGGUGGAGGGUCUGUCACUCGUUAUGCUGUGUAGCUGUCGUGUUGUCACACGCAAACUCGCUGCUCUCCUGCUGAAGGAAGUCAGGAAUAUCUUCACAUGCUGCCAAGCACAGAUGCCUGAGCCGUGCCUACUAGAGAUGAUAGACAAGGCCUGCCCAGAUGUGGUUAAACGACUUCUGCCUUCGCUUCCUGCCUCGGAGAAACCUGUUCUGCUGACCUCGCCAAACAUUGACCUGGCCUGGGUCAUUGACCGUGCAGCCUCGGUCUGGAAUCCUGUUACCAAGGAGAACAAUAUAGAGGAAAGGUCAGAGUCAGUGUUUUCCAAAGUUGACCCUUGGAUGAGGUGUAUCGCCAUGUUUGUGUCCAGCGAAUAUGGAAUGAUCAUUUGCCCACAUGCAGUGGCUGCCUCCUGGCCCAUUGUCUACACUCGACUGGUCAGCAUGCAUACACUACUGGACCCCAACAACAUGAUCAAUGAAUUCCGGACGUCGUCUAUCUUGAGAUCAGGAACUUCCAGUAAGAAACCAACAACAGAGAAAGAUGUACACAUGCAACUAUGGCAGAACUAUGUCAUCCUAGCAUGUUCUGUAGCACAGAAGGACAGUCUCAAUUCUUACAGAUGUGCUUCACCAGAGCAAGGGUCGUCCCCUGAGUCGGAGAAGAGUGACAGUCGGCAAGCCAGCACGAGUUGUACAGACCUGUUCAAACUCAUAGUACCACUGAUGAAGUGUGAAAACCCGGACAUGAGGGACACCAUUGUCAACGGUCUUGGCUAUACCAAUGCUGCUGCCUUCAGGGACCUCAUUGAUGAGUUACUUCCCUUCCUCAAGGAGGCUAUUGAGCGUAAACAGGAAACAAAGAACCGGCGCCGUAAGAAGGAUACUCUUCGAGUGCAGUUGGCUCAUAUAUUUGAACUGAUGGCAGAGAACAGAACUUUUGCCCAGAGCGAGUCUGGUGUAAUUGACACUGGCUCCAGCUGCCUGAUCAAGACGUUCGUCGAGUAUAUAGACGGGGCACGCCAGUACCUGGAGAGCGAGAGUGACCGUGACCUGCCAGUCCUACACGACAUACGUCUACACUUUAGUCGUUUUGUCCGAGAGCUAAUCGCUCACACACCUGCGGAGUUCAAGAGAAGCCUGCUGACAAGAGACUUGCGGUAUAGCUUAUUCCACCUGUUUGCGAGCUGGAGUGGAAAGUUUAGUCACACAAUAGGAGACACUUUGGAUAGGAGAUUCAACAAGGAUGAGAGCUGUUCUGAGCUAGAGCUGUCGGCUGUGAGAGCCAUGUCGGCUGUGCUGUGUUGUGGACCGGUGUUUGACCCAAGUGGUCUGAAUGAUGAUGGCUAUAUAUACCAGUGGCUGGACAUGCUGCUGAGCUCUCACAAUGACAGGAUUAAGGAGCAGAUCUAUGAGCUCGCCAAGGAAACCGUGGUCCUACUGCUGGACUUCAACCCAGACACGCAGGGACUCCUCGAUUGGGUUAUCGAUCGGUGUUACACAGGCGCAAAUGAGGUUGCAGAUGGAUGCUUCAAUGCACUUGCAGCUGUCUUCCAAACAAGGGAAUACCCAUGUGACCAUGUGGCCAUGCUCAACCUGGCCGUCCUCAAUGUGGGCAGUCCGCGCACACAAACACAUGAGACUGCCGUACACCUGCUCCAUUUACUGGACACACGCUUCUUUCAGGAGACGCCUGUCUUCACUGACUCUGCUGACGAUCAAAGACAACAAAGUCUGCCGCUCAAUGACAUCUUGAUGUCUGUGUCCUACUGUCAUUCACAGAUGUACUUGUCGGAGCAGUUAGCCCGCGUCCAGCCCGACCUCACAAUGCCCAUGUUCUCUGAAAUAGCCCAACGGUUCCAGACUGCCAAACCUGCAGUACGACUGAUGUUGCUUAAAUAUCUGUUGCCAUGGUUACACAAUAUGGAGCUGAUAGAUCCCUCCCUGCCACAGUCGUCUCCCUUGAACAACUUUCUGACACGGCUUCAUGACACCCAAACUGACAUAUUCAAGCCUCCUCUCAAAGGAGAGGGCUGGGGGUCUCCAGAGGCUACCAAGAUGGUUCUCAAUAAUCUCUUCCACCUCACGGUCAAGUUUGGAGAUGACCAUCCUAAAGAGGUGGAAGAUCUUUGGUCAUCCCUGGUCAUCUGCUGGCCAAACAAUCUCAAAGUGGUCAUCCAUUACCUGGUCAUCAUCACCAACAUGGCCGCCUCCGAACUGCUGCAAUAUGCCAAGCGUGUGGUGAGCUACCUUGGGCGUGCCAAGCCGGAGCGUCUGGUCGACGAGCUGAUGAACGAGCUACAGACAGUGGAAACACUCAAUAUGAGUAUAGAACGCACACAGACCCCGCCCUUUUUCCGCCUCUCUCAGAUCAAGAAAAGUUUGCUGCACAUCAACACAACUGACGAUGAAAAGGUGGCCACACACUUCUCUGACCACCCACUGGAGAAGGGAACACUACACACCAAGAGGCACAGUGCUAAUGAUGACCUGCCCAGUGAAAGCAGCCCUCGCACAGAUUCCACCCCCUCUCUGAGGAGUUCGUCCAGUACCUCGUCCAAUCCAGAUCAGUUCCUGAUGGAUGAGGACCUACAUAUGCCUACCAGUGGGCGGGGAUGUGAGACGAGGAGGAGUGAGUCUCCGAUGCCCUAUCCUCUCCCCAUGCCAGCGUAUGGCGGAUACUUUGCUCCCCUUACAGAGUAUCUUCCGGAGAACCUCCACCCCACAGCUGGCUUUCACAGGAGUAACAUAGCUGUAAUGUUCCUGUCAGAUCUGGUACUGGACGGCCUGGAGAUCGACUGGUCAGCUCACCUUCCCCUCAUGUUACAUGUCAUAUUCUUAGGCCUAGACCACAUGCGGGGUAUGGUGUACGAGCACUGUAAGAAGCUACUUGAGAACCUGAUGUUACUGGCUGCUGCCCAGGAGCAUGAAGGUGUGGCCCGGGUUCUGCUGGAGUACCGAAGUAACAUCACGGAUACACUCCGCCUCAUUGCCGCGGACGACAAGGACAUGCCCAAUACAUUAGAAGGCCAUGGCCAAGAGAAUGAAUCGGUCGGGAGGUCAACAUUCAGUCUUGACAGUGGUCAGGCGGUGAUAACACCGGAUGUGUCUGCACCAAUAGAACAACCGGCUGACCCGGACUCCUUGAACACUGUAGAGGAGGUGGUGAAAGCUAUCUUGGAUUUCAUGGAUGCUAAACGAGGACGCCCCCUGUGGAGCUGUGAGGAUAUCACACCUCGAACACUCAAUACCCAGAGUGCUGUGCGCCUCGAGUAUUUCCUUAAGUGUGUUGUGAAGUGCUUCAAGGAGAUGCAGCCUCUGGCAUUAGUGGAACAAAGAUGGUCCCAAGUGGCGCUACAGCUGGCCCUGUCCUGUUCCUCACGCCACUAUGCUGGACGAUCUUUCCAGGUUUUGCGAGCCUUGCACAUUCGUCCAUCUACACAGAUGUUGUCAGAUAUCUUGUCAAGGCUGGUUGAGACUGUUGCUGAACAGGGCGAGGACAUGCAGGGUUAUGUAACUGAAAUCAUCCUGACGCUAGAGGCUGCUGUAGACAAUCUCGACCUUGAAUUUCGCCCAAUGGACUUCAUGCGUGAGUUGUUCAUUUCAACGCCAAACCUUGCGAAGGAUGGGGGAUCUGAAGGAAGAAAGAGCUGUGCAUUGAUGGCCCCUCGUCAUCCCUCGCCACAUCAUGCCCGCAGUACCAGUUACUCCCAGGGCCCAGUUCAUCGCACUGCCCCCCUAGACUUACGACUGCGCAGUGGCACUGAGGUGGAGAACCGCAUGCGGGCAAACAUGCCCAGGUCGCGGAGUGCACAUUCCCUAAAGAACCUUGACCAUAAUGGGGCGGAAGACAAACUGACCAUCAUGUCUCAGAUGUUCUGGAUAGCUGUGUCCCUCCUGGAAAGUGACUUUGAGUACGAGUUCUCACUGUGUGUGAGGUUACUGAGUAAGAUAUUGACAAAUAUACAACCAGAAAGACCAGAGUGUCGUGAACGUUUGGAGAAGAUCCAACAGCAGAUAAAAUGGACAAACUUUCCAGGGAUCCAGACUCUCUUGUUAAAGGGAUUUACAUCUGGUGCGCUGUCAGAGCUGACCUGGUCACUGUUGUCUCGACUGACUGUGUGUAUUGCUGCCCCUGUGGUGGACCCCACAGAAAACUUGGGCUUUCCAAUAAAUGUUGUUGCCCUCCUGCCCUUACUGGUACAGAACUACGAGAACCCGAGCCAGAGUUGUCGGGAUGCAGCAGACCACAUUGCACAGGUGUGUUCCCAGAGGUCUGACCGCCUCAACAACCUUGGGACUAUCAUGUCACUAUAUAGCCGUGGAACGUUCGGCAAGGACAGCUUCCAGUGGACAAAGUGUGUCAUCAAAUAUCUCCUGGACGUGUACCUUCCUGCGUCCUACAGUCUCAUCUCCUUCCUGGUAGAGGUACUGGAGAAGGGUCCCGGGACAAACCAACUGUCUGUCUUUCAGAUCCUACAUUGUAUGGUACACUACAUGGACAUUAACACCACUCCAGCGUCCUCCCUCAACCCAGAGCUCUUCCAUACCAUCUCCAGACAUGUCCAGGGCUUCCAUUGGAGGGAGGCAUUAAAGAUCCUGAAGCUGGCAGUAGGGCGCUCAUCCACGCUGACUGCUGCUCCGCCCUCGGCCCACACCAGCGAAGUCGGCACAUUCAUGUCGCACACGUCCUUUGCUGAGGCAGAGGUCAUUACACGCAAGGAGCUACCAGGACGGACAUUGGACUUUGCUGUAGACUUCAGCGAGGUUGGCAUCAUAGGGAGGAAAUAUCUCAACACAGAAAUCCACGGGUCUCUGGACGGCAUUCCGGAAGUCCAGUCCUCUCCGGCACGGAAAGGAAACCAGGAUCAUGACUCGGUCUGGAAGAAACCACAGAACUCGCAGACGAGAGUGCGGGAGAGGCUGGCAGAACUGCUGACAUGCUACGGCCAAAAACGCCUGCCAAAGAGUCCAUCGGAUACGUUUAUUAACAAGGUAAUCUUCAGUCAGUCUAGUGACACUUUGGAUCACCAGCACAGUGUGGCCUCCAGUGGGGAGGAAACCUCAAUACCAGAUAAUGCUGCCAGCGACAUCCUAUUAAGUGAACCAAAUGUCAAUGACAUCAAUAUGACCAUCAAAGGCUUCGACUUCUUGGACAAUGAGCUGGAGGAUUCUGAGGAGAAUGAUUUCUAUCCAAGCUUGGACAGACGGCACUCGUACAACCUCAACUCUCCCGAGAUCGAGAGGGAGCGCCACCACCACUUCGGGAGUGUGCCUGACCUCAAGCUCAUUGGUCACCUGUCCAUAGCAGAGAAACCGGUGACACCUAGUGACAGCAUCAGUCUGAAAGAGGAGAGAAUCUCAGAUAACGAGAGUGAGAACAUGACCCCAGAGGAGGACGGUGUGUCCCAGAAUCUGCCAAUGGGUACGACCAUUACCAUACAGAACCCUAUGCUGGACGAGCGUCGCCGCUCUAGUCCACUUACCACUAGUUCCACUCACAGUCUACACAGCACCAACAGUGAACUUGACCUGGUGGAUCUGAGUUCGAGUACGGCAUCACCAAGUUUCUCGGGUCUCCAGUCAGUCUACCUGUACCUGACAAUGCAGAGUGACGAGGUGGAGGAAGCGUGGAAGUCUCACAUGGGUCGCAUCAUGUCGGGGUCGUCUGCCACCCUUAUGCUCAACACCACUCAGAUCUUCCCCAGGUUGUACAAGGAACUACGCAGAAGACUGGACACAAUGACCAAGGAAUCCAGUUACUACAUCGCAAAGACCGAGUCACUCAAACAGAUUGCCACUUAUUUCAGACAACUACUGGAUACCAUGUUUAUCCAUAUUGACUGUCCCUACUUCUUCACUGAUAGUGAUACGCUGAGUGGAAGUCGUGUAGCAGACAGGCACAAGUUUAAUGUACUAGAGAUGCAGGAAUGCUUUGAAACCUACUGUAUGAGGAAGGACCAAGCAGAACAGAGUCUAGAAUCCAUCAAAUCAUCUAUCAAACAGCAGUCACUGGGAGAUGGUGGUAACAGUGUGGUCGGCUGUAGUGAGGAACAGAAGUUGGAUCUUUGUCGCAAGCUCUACCGCCUGAUCUUCCAACUAGUUCAGCUGUUUGAGAACUACAUCAAGUUGAUGGAGGUGUUUACAAGUGUGCGUGCAUCACCACAGGUGGUAGAUAUCUCUUCCCAAGUGUCGUCUCUCAGGGAGGAGAUUACACAGGCUCUCAGUGAGAUGGAAAAUGGCCAAGACUCGCCUGUUAACAUAGACUCGGGCAAGGUGCUUACUAAACAGGAGGCUUUGUCCAGUCUGGCCGAAUACGUCAACGGCCAGCAGUACAUGAAGGCCAUACAGCUUCUCCGAUCCUUCAGGUCCCUGUGGCCGAAUGACAUGUUUGGACAAGCAACCGAGGAUGAUGUCAUUGUCCUGCUAAACAUAUUCUGUACCUCUCAGGCAGAGAAAAGGACAGGUAUAUUUGCCCUUAUUGGAUUAGAUGUAGACCUGAGCCAUGUACACAGUCAGCUCAUGACCAUCAGCGUCCAGAUGUCCGGCUGGUCACUUCUUCCACUGGGGGUGUCCAAGUCCACACCUGACCUCAGUCACAUCAGCUUGACGUCCGACUCCAGUACUUUGUGACUAGAUCCAGAGCCGACCGCUAGUACGUUGUAACAACGCCAAGGGUCGUCUCUAGUACGUUGUAACAACGCCAAGGGUCGUCUCUAGUACGUUGUAACAACGCCAAGGGUCGUCUCUAGAACAUCGUAACAAUGGGAAGGGUCACCUCUUGUACUAGGAGAUUACCUGGCAAAUGGUUGUGUGCCCGUAGCAGAUUAUUAGGUUGAAGAUCAUCUGCUAGUGCCACGUGACUGAUCUGAGAGUCUUUCACUUUGUCAUACGACUAAUUGAAAUGUCACUGAGUAAUGUGCGGACAAGCCAAAAAUCAUUUUCAGUCACAACAAGAAUAUAGAAAAGCAAUAAUUGUAACAAAGGACAUUAUUUUGUUGUAAGUAUUACUUAAUGAUGGAAAAUUAAAAGUGAACUUUUAGUGUGACAAGUUUUAAAAGUUCGCAAUUAUGAAUUUGUGAUACUAUCUGUGAUCCUGACGAGGAAGGAAAGUCUGGUGAUAAUAAUAUUUACCCUGAAAGGUGGUGAUAAGGAGAGGAAUCUUUACCCUACAAAAAAUCACUGUACAAAACCAUUAUUUCUUUUGAUGGAGGGGCUGAUAGUUUGGAGAAGUAUUUUAACUUUUGACUAUCACAAGGUUCUCUCUGUUUCUGAAGCCAUGACGUUUUCCUUGAUAAUUGUUCCACUGUUAGAGUUAAGGUUGUUUUGAGAUACGUGUAUAUUGUAACAUAAAUUAUUUCUAGUCAGGAGGUACUGGUUGGCAGAUUAACUCUUACAGCCAUCUGCCUAUCUCCUUAUGUACUUUAUAUAUGAAAUAAAAUCAUAUUUAUGUAUUAAUUAUUACAUGCUGAUUAAAUAUAUCAUGAUGAAAAUGCACAAAACUGAUCAAUCAUAAUUCAAGCUUUGCUAGCUGGUUGUUUUCUAUUCCCUUUAAAUAUACUGAGUGUACAAAAGGAGGUUUAGUGAAUUAAGGGUGUAUGUUAUGUUAUGUUUCCAUCCAGAUAUUCAUCUCAUUUUCCCAAGAUUUCCACAUGAAGACAUCUGACGUGUAAAAUCUCUUUUAUUAAUGCCAAUUUGAACCUUGUUAAUUAUAAUUCUAUGAUAAAUUUGACAAAUACACCAGAAUGAAAAAUAAAAUAUAGAGAGUUUGUUAAAAAUUGAUGUACAGUAUUGUUUUCAUGUGCUGCCCUUUUCUGUGUUUGGAAGGCUAACCUGUAUGAAUGUCAUCAAUAUAAAUGACCAAGAAAUCAUACUUUUUGCAAACAAAAAACCACCAAUAUUUCUAGUAUUUAUUAAAUAUUUUGUGUUUGUAGAUGAUUGAUGAAGCCAUACAACUUGUCUUCCCCUGACUACCAAAAUGUUGGUUGAUCAUGUAAUCACAUAUAAAGAGCGUGAUUGAUCGUUUGUAAAUCGGUAAAAUAAUUAAAGUCUUCACUUUGUACAGUAUUACUCCUACAUAUGUACAUUAUUAUUUUAUAAAGUGUUUAUUUGGUUCCUUGUUUGCUCUGUGGCAUUUUAGAAUUAUUUGUGGUGCAUCCAGAAUAGUUGCAUAUUUUUGAAUAUUUUAAUGCAUUUAAAUAUUUAUUUCGGUUAUGUUAUCAUGAACUCCUCAUUUGAUUUGAACUGUCUAUACAAAUGUAUUAUUUAUUGACAAAUCUAGACAAACCUUAAAAAGGGGGGCGGGAGGGAUCUCUGAUAUAGAUUCUCUGACUGUAUUUAAAAGUAUACAUGUAAAAACAAAUCACAAACAGUGUAUAGCUAUUAGCUUAUUUAAUUUAAAAUGUGUAACUGUUAAAUAAGUGUGAAGUACCUGUGCUGACAUUACAAUUGCCAACAUAUCCAUGCUGAUAAUACACGUACAGAACAAAAGGAGGGGAAGUGAUUAUUGAAGACUUAAUUUGCAAAUUCCAGUUGCUUCAGUAUACCCAAUAUCAUUCUCAAAAUUCAGUUGCCAUUUGUUUACUGUCAACUGCUAAAUGACAAUGUCCAUUCAUGUUCUAAUUAUAGUGUCAACUGGACUAUGGUAUCACGAGUUUUGAUAGUAUAGACUAAUUUGCACGAAAAGGCUUCAGUUAUGUUGUUCAAUAGAGAUUCCCUACCGAGUGAUGGUGUUAUCCUUUUUAUCUAACUCGAGUGUAUAAAAUUAAAGACACAAGGGUUACCGAGUGUAUAACAUUAAAGACACAAGGGUUACCGAGUGUAUAACAUUAAAGACACGAGGGUUACCGAGUGUAUAACAUCAAAGACACAAGGGUUACCGAGUGUACAACAUCAAAGAUACAAGGGUUACUUGACAUCAUACCGUAAUUAAUUAGGAGAAUGAAAUAACAUUCAGGGUGUUACCCACUAUGUUACCCACUAGUGGGUUACCAAAAAUGUUUAGCAGGGUUAUCCAAAGAGUCGGGAGUGAGGAAACCUACAGUGGUCGUGGAAGAAUAUUUGUUUAUUUAAAAUGACAUAUUCUUCCAUACACAAUGAACAUACAUACAGUUAGUUGAUAUAAAAGAUAGUGGACAGUAUGACGUGUGAUAAACAUAUUCUUAUGUGUAAUAAAAUAGUAAAGCAUUAUGCUAAACUUCCUCAUUUAUACAUAUCGAAAUCUGGUAAACUUCAUAUAUUUUGAUUUUGUGUACAUGUAGUUAUAUAGAAAUGAAAAUGGGAGAUUAGGAGUGAAGAAAUAAUCAGGAAUGACUCUUAGGCAAAAAAGGAAGGAAAAGGGAGAUAGAAAAAGACAUUCAAGAAAAUGUAGACAUUAUCUUUUCAACAUAUAUACUUAACUCUAGCAAAGAAAUCUAUGUAGAUGCAUUUCAUGGAUAUAUGAUACUUCUCUGUAUUGCAAUUAUCACUUAUAAUCAGUCAAAGCAAUGGAUAAUAAAUAACUGGUAUUUGGUAACUAGCAAUUAGAAUAUGACGUUUGGCAACUGUUUAUUGUCAAAUGAUGUCAAUUGAUAUUUAGCAUUUGAUGUGACAGCACAGGCAUUUCAUAGUUCUGUAUACCUAUCAUAUUUCACCCUUCUUAUCAUUUUAACUUCUCCAUUAAGUUGUGAGUGAUUAUUAUGAUAGUGACAGGUUGGGAACUCCCUCGAAUUUCAGAGAUGGUCUUGACCAAACAAAAUACACCCGGUUUACACUGAUAAAAAUAAUUCUGUAAAUAGUUAUUAAUUGAAACGGAAGAACGGAAACUGCUGACAAGUCGUGAGAGUUCCCAACUUGUUUAAUCUUAACACACAUACAACCUAGGCUGCAUUCGUUUAUCGUGAUCCAAGUGGUUGAACCGGUUGGACUAGAGUUGUUCAGUCAUGAAAUAAGGUCAGACCUAGUAAUCUGAUGCUGCUUUCAGAGCCUCAAUGACAAAGCCUAGCAAGGCCUGCAUCAAUAUUUGCAGGUCCUCCAGGAUUUAUACCUGAAAAUGUUGCAUUUAAAAACAGACAAAUCCGUUGAACCGGAUAUGCGAAAGGGGCCCUGCUGUAAGUCAACAGUGAAACCUGUAUAAUCUGUCACCAUGUGGGACACAUUGCAUAGAUCAGAUCGUAUGUCAGAAUACACAAGUAGUUUUAAUAAGCAUGUUGAAUAACACAGGAUGUAGAAAUACUCGGGGUAAGAUAACUUGGUUGACCCGGUACCUAAAACUACCAGAACUGUGUGACCGAACAACAAUUGGUUGGUGAGAAGGUAAGACAGUGUAAUAUUUGUGGUUGCUGGGUAAUAAAUCAGUCUUUCUUGUACAAUUUUACCCAUUUUGGACAAAGCUAAUCUGUAUAAAAUCACUGCUGAGUUUAAUUUUAACCCUUUCACCCCUAUGUAACUUUAAUAAACUCUACCAUGCAUUGAUCUGGAUAAGUCCAUUAUGGUCUACAGUGGUGAAAGGGUUAAUCCUAAUUAGUGAAAUAUCCAUCGAUAUUAACUAAAUCUGUGGUGCUAAUUUUUUGUGAUUUUUAAUUUAUGCGAAUAUGACUUGCUUUCUUAUUUAGUUGAUCACCAAGUGCUAGUGGAUAUGCUGAUCUAUAUUAACAUUAGCUAACUUGCAUAAUAUAUAAACGCUGCAGUACAAUCAUGGUACCCAGAUUUUUCAGUAUAUGAAUCCCUGUAAAAUGUGUGCAUGCUAUUUCAUAAAUAUUUUAAAAAUCAAAUAUUUUGCAAAAAUGAUUUGUGAUAUUCUUCUUGAAUAAAAUUAGUCAUAUAA